UCACAUUCCCUUCCGUGGAUAAGAGGACUUGGGCUGGAAGCAUGUGGUGCGUCCUGCGAGGCUGGAGGCGACAGCGUGUAGGCCCAUGGGGAGCCCUGGGACAGCAGUGGCCCCUGGGCAUCCAUGCUCUGGCCAGUGCGGGCUCCCGGAGUAGGGACGAGUACAGCCAUGUGGUGGUGGGUGCCGGCUCCGCGGGCUGUGUGCUGGCCAGACGGCUCACGGAGGACUCUGACAAGCGUGUGCUGCUGCUAGAGGCUGGGCCCAAGGACACGUAUGCAGGGAGCAAGCGGCUCUUGUGGAAGAUCCACAUGCCCGCAGCCCUUGUGGCCAACCUGUGCGAUGACAGGUACAACUGGUACUACCACACGGAGCCGCAGCCAGGCCUGGACGGCCGCGUGCUGUACUGGCCGCGGGGCCGGGUCUGGGGAGGCUCCUCGUCCCUCAACGCCAUGGUCUACAUCCGCGGGCACGCUGAGGACUAUGACCGCUGGCACCGAGAAGGUGCCGCAGGCUGGGACUAUGCACACUGCCUGCCCUACUUCCGCAAGGCCCAGGGCCACGAGCUGGGUGCCAGCAUGUACCGCGGCGGUGAAGGCCCGCUGCGUGUGUCCCGGGGCAAGACCAACCAUCCGCUGCACCGGGCAUUCCUGGAGGCAGCACAGCAGGCCGGCUACCCCCUCACCGAGGACAUGAACGGCUUCCAGCAAGAAGGCUUCGGCUGGAUGGACAUGACCAUCCACGAAGGCAAGCGCUGGAGCACGGCCUGCGCGUACCUGCACCCGGUGCUGAGCCGCCCAAACCUCACCGCUGAGGCCCAGACGUUUGUGAGCAAGGUGCUGUUUGAAGGCACCCGUGCAGUGGGCGUGGAGUACGUCAAGAAUGGCCAGAGCCACAGGGCUUACGCCAGCGAGGAGGUGAUUCUGAGUGGAGGCGCCAUCAACUCGCCACAGCUGCUCAUGCUCUCAGGCGUCGGCAAUGCAGAUGAGCUCAAGAAACUGGGCAUCCCGGUGGUGUGCCACCUCCCUGGGGUCGGCCAGAACCUGCAGGACCACCUGGAGAUAUACAUCCAGCAGGCGUGCACCUACCCUAUCACCCUCCACUCGGCACAGAAGCCCUGGAGAAAGGUCCGGAUUGGUCUGGAGUGGCUCUGGAAGUUCACAGGGGAUGGAGCCACGGCCCAUCUGGAAACAGGUGGGUUCAUCCGGAGCCAACCUGGGGUCCCCCACCCGGACAUCCAGUUCCACUUCCUGCCGUCCCAAGUGAUCGACCAUGGGCGGGUCCCCACCCAGCAGGAGGCCUACCAGGUGCAUGUGGGGACCAUGAGGGGCACGAGUGUGGGCUGGCUCAAACUGAGAAGUGCCAACCCCCAGGACCACCCUGUGAUCCAGCCCAACUACCUGUCAACAGAAACUGAUAUUGAGGACUUCCGUCGGUGUGUGAAGCUGACCAGAGAAAUUUUUGCACAGAAAGCCCUGGCACCAUUCCGGGGAAAAGAGCUCCAGCCAGGAAGCCACGUCCAGUCAGAUAAAGAGAUAGACGCCUUUGUGCGGGCGAAAGCGGACAGCGCCUACCACCCCUCGUGCACAUGUAAGAUGGGCCAGCCCUCCGAUCCCACUGCUGUGGUGGAUCCGCAGACCAGGGUGCUUGGAGUGGAAAACCUACGGGUGGUCGAUGCCUCCAUCAUGCCCAGUGUCGUCAGCGGCAACCUGAAUGCCCCCACCAUCAUGAUCGCAGAGAAAGCAGCCGACAUCAUUAAGGGGCAGCCUGCACUCUGGGACAAGGAUGUCCCCGUCUACAAGCCCAGGACCCUGGCCACCCAGCGUUGAGGUAGUCACUGCCUGAGAAGCCCCCUGACAGGCUAAGAGGACCAGUAGAGCCCUUGCUCCAAAUGCUCUUUCCUGAAACUAUCUAGAACGUUAGGAUUCGGUGGUUGAGAAUUGGAUAAUUUCUUAAGAAAUGAGACCAAUAGUGCUGGUCAGUGAAUCAGGUUCCUUUCUCCAGCAUUUCCCUGUGGGCCCUUUGGGGAAGGCCAGUAUUCUGGUUGCUGCUCCUCCUCCCUGCCUCCUGGAGGGAUGGCAGAGGGGCAGGAGGCCAGCGGGGGAGGAUGAUUAACUCCUGCCAUGUUCUUGUCUUGUGUUCAUGGUGCUCUCCAACCCAGGGUCCUGCUGCCUUCCUGGAUCCUGGUCGGACUCAAGGAAGGUGGUUCCUUCCCAGGCCUCCCUCUGAAGGCCAGCCCCUCACAGAGCAGGGGUGCUGUGCACCGAGGCUGGGUGCUGGCUAGACCUGCACUGGUUCUCCAAGGGGGGCGUCCUCCAUCUCAGGCUGCAAGCUGUAGCUGAGACCACGAGUCGCACAGUCAGCUCAGCGUGUGCAGAAGCCUCCAGCGUCCCUGUUCAGAGGGGAAAGCUGCCCGCUGAAAGAAACACAGCCUUCUCCUUUCUCUUCCGCUUCCCGAUUUCACUCCCAGAGUGAGGCAGGAACUGGUGCUCAGUUGCGUCACCCUGAGGGCCUUGCAGUCCACCUUGCCGAUGCUCUGGUUCUUAUUAAACACGAUCAGCCCAAUGAGAGGAUUUCUGGACCUUGUUCAAGGAGAGAAGAGUCUGGAGGGACUCUUCGCUAUCAUAGAUUUCAUAAUUUAGCAUUUUGAAAGAUUUUCUUGUUACCAGGAAACCUGGAAACCCAGAGCAAAGCCCACAUACCAGACCGCCACUCCAUGCCAAAGCAGCCAGCCCGAGAGGACACUUUCCUCUCAGACUGGGGAAAUGACUCAGCAGUGGACAAGGCUGGCUAAUUCCUAUUCUUCAGACGUCCGUGGGAACAGACCAGGGUGGAGCCAAGACUGACAGAGAAAGCAGUCAAGUAAAACUAGGCACCCUGAGCCUGUGAAAAUGUAGUUGAGUGAAAGAAAAAUAAAUUGGCAAAAGAUUUGAGUUUUGUGGGGAAAAACAGUUACA